AUGUGCAUACAAAACGAAAUACCGCACUCUCCAGUUCCUCAGAUCGAUAAGGGUCAAACUCAUGGUGCUACAUCUCCUCGGGGUAACCCGGUGAUAAACGAAACCGAUGAAAGGGCAGAGCCCCCUCUCACCGGGCAACUUCAACAUGAACAACCGGGAGUCUCCGAACCGGGCGUUUCAAAAGAAUGGGUCAAAAGCCUUCUCCAAGAAUUUGGAGACUCAACGGUUCACCCGCUAGAGGAGAAGAUGACGAAAACCGUGAGCAUGGCACUCCGGUUCGCCAACAAUACGAGGAAUAAGCUAGUAAUGACAAAUAACCGGUUCUCACAAAUCGACGCUGACUACCGGGAAGAAGUGGUUUUGCGCGACAACCAUCUUAAGCGAACUGAGGCCUUGGAAGAAGAAAACUCAGGAAUAAAGAAUGACUUCGACCGGUUUAAAAGAGAGACCGAACAAAGGCUAAGAGAGGUCGCUGAGGAUCUAGUCGGCAAGGCCUCGGAACUGGAAAACAAGAAUGCGGGUCUUGAAGACCGCAACGACAAACUCGAGGCCGACCUCAAGGCGCUGACCGCACAAGUUGAUGAAUUACUCAAGGCCAAGUUGAGUGCGGAUGCAGCGGUUGUGGAGGCAAAUUCCCGGGCGGCUCAGGAAGUCCAGGAUGCGAUGGACGAAGAAGCAAGAAGAGAGAAGGAGCCUCCGCAACUUACCGAGGAAGAAAGAGCCGAGCGCGAACGAAGGACAAAGGCUAAGUUUCCGGGACUUGAAGAGUCUGUAGCCGCUCAGCAACGGGAAGAUGCAGAGCGGCUAAAUGCACAAAAACAAGGGUUCGAAGAAUUUACGACCACCCACAAGAAGAAGCAAAAGGCGGCCUCUGCCCCUUCGAUACCGGCAAAGCGAAAAAGAAAACCAUCUAAGAAGGACCAAGUAGUCGGGCUGCUGAAUGAAGUCACUGACACGGUUAUUGACAGUCAACCGGAUCAGGCUACUCACAACGAAGAUGAUGAUGAAGAGCACCUAGAGCACCGGUCUACAAGACAGCGAGUCUCAAGACCGGAUAAGAAAAAGCGGAACAAGGAUCUGAUGGCCAGCUACGACUUCUCGGACUCAGAAUAG